AUGCCUUACAUUUUAGUUGUACACAAUUGCAAAUCCUUUGAUGCCAGGUUCUUGGUGCAAGCAGCAGAGAAAAAUGGAGUCAUGGAGGACUUAGUUAAAACAGUUUCUGGCUUUACAGACUCUCUUCCAGCAUUCAGGGAAUUGCUUCUUGGAAGGAAAUCCCAUAGCCAAGAAAACCCUGUACAAGAUGUUCUGUGUAAAUCCUAUGAAGCUCACAAUGCUCUUGCAGAUGUGCAAACACUCCACCAGCUAGUGAACAAGUUUCUAAAGGUCAAACUACUACAACAGCAAAGCUUCAAAGUUUCAUGGGUGGCAUCCUAUCAGAAGCUCCUAAAAAAAACCAAGAAACUUCUGGUUAAUAUCCUGCAGCCAUUAGUUAGAGGGAAGUACAUUUCCGCCUCAAUGGCCAUUAAGUGUACAAGCUCAGGUUUAGGUCUCCCUCACCUACAAGUGGUAUCCCAAAGAGGCAAGGAAGAAGGGGUGAAGCAAGUUCUGAUGGAGAGGUUUGACAACAAACCCAAAGUCUCCUCAAACAAGCGCGUGCUGGCACAAAUAUUUCUGUACUCUAUAAAUAAUGCAAAUUAA